UGGACCUCCAGCAUUGAAUACCCCCGCCGGAAUGGUGCGGCGGUAUGGCGUGUGGGCCGAGUACUCUGCAGGAGACGGAUGGACUUAUUUUUACAACGAAGAGACCAAAGAGAGCGCAUGGGAGAUGCCCAUUGAGGUGCGUGAGGCGCGAGGCGAGAUGCAGGCGAUGCUGAAGACAGCGCUGGCGUUUUCUGGGGAAUGGGGCGCAUUCGAUGCCGGGUUUGGCACAAUCUACUACUUUCACCUUCCGUCCAAACACAGUUCAUGGGAGCGACCGCCAGAGUGGGGACAAGAACCAGAGAUCACAUAUGCUGAGCUAGCUAUGCAGCAAGAGGCCAAGCAGGCGCACGAGAUCGCUAGACCACUUCCUCCAUCGGCACCUGACUCUACCACCACGACAGAAACGACCGAAGACGACAAGACCGCCUCCGAAGAAACAGAAGAAGAGCGCGCCGAGAGCAUCCAGCGCAUCGAAGCCUUUCGUCAGAUGCUCCGCGACAAGCAAAUCAUGCCAUACUGCAAGUGGGAGGCAGCGUUGCCACGCAUUGCGCUGGACGAUAGGUUUCGCGCCAUUCCAACGAUGGACGAGCGCCGCGCGAUCUACGAGCACUUUCUCAAGCAUCGCAAGACCGAGAUCGCCAAGGAAGGCAAGGCCAACUUCAAAAUCGCUCGCAAAGCCUUUCGAGAUGGCUUGACGCAAGCCCUGGACCAGUUCCCCCUCGACCAGAUAUCAACGAAGAAGAAGCCAUUUCAUGCCUUCAUGACUUGGUUCUCGUCCACACUUCCAGAGGUGCUCGCCACAUUGGACCAUGCUCGCGACGUGCUGUCGUUGUCGGAUCAAGAAAAAGUGUACCAGAAAAAGAUGGAUGAAUGGCAUCCGGUGGCAUUGCUGCGCCAUGCGGAAGAGAAACGACUGAAGAGUCACUUUGACGACCAUCCUGAGUGGUUCAGGGACGGAAAGGAAUGGGACGACUCGAUGGUGAUGCCUGACCUGUUGGUGCGAUGGCCGCCGGCCGCGCAGCAGGUGGUGUUUGAAGCGUGUCAAGGGACGUUCCAAGCAAGACGCAACGGAGCCAUGAGUGCCAACGACUUGAGGAAAUAUGGCGGGGGGGCGGCAAAGCCUUCGGCGACGACCACGAUCGCGUCGUUGGGUGGCAAGGAUGACGUGUCAAAUACAGGAUCGAAGCGAGACAGAUCGCCGUCACCGCAUCGAGUGUCCAAGGAUGACCGGCACGUUCGACGCCGAGGUGACGAUUAAUACAGUUGCCGCGCCCAUUUCUCACGCUGCAAAGUUUCGCUUGGCGUCGGAAUAUGCAGCGACGGGGCAUGAACUCCUCGCAUUAAAGUUAC